GGUGGUUUGCCCAAAGAAGCGCCGACAUCGAGCUCAUUUCAACCCACUAAAUUGCAACAGAGAUUCAUCAUCGAAGACCGCUACGCUGUUCAAGUCAAGAGAGCCUGCGACAUAUCUGUAUCAUGCCGCCAAAAAAAAAGGCACGGGGUCCAUCUCGCUCGCGAGAAAGUCAAUCUGUGGCCGCUACUCCUGGGAGAAGCGAAUUAAGCACUGCCGACGUGGUUUCGGACUUAUGGACGGACGAACAAGAGACGUCGCUGUUCAAGGGCAUGGUGCGUUGGAAACCCGUAGGCAUGCAUAAGCACUUCCGCAUGAUCGCCAUCUCACAGCAAUUACGAAACCAUGGUUAUACAUCACCAGCCGACGGGCACACGCGCAUACCAGGCAUAUGGAAGAAACUUGAGUCGCUUUAUAAUAUGGAGGCUCUUGAUGAACGGGAGAAUUCCUUCAUAGAUGAGGAUGCCGAAGAGACUGAUCCAGUCACGGAAAGGUUUUACGAGUUCAAAUUACCAGAAGAUGAAUACGGCGAGCUUCAGUUCGAACGACGGCUUGCGGAAGAGCCAUCAUCGUCCCCGCCCAUGCUUAAUUAUCUUCAGCCAAGCGCUCCAAAACGAGGGGCACGAUCAGCUACACGGGGACGGGCAAGUACAUUGGACGAGACUGAGGAAGAGCCGAUGUCGUCGCCUGCACCCUCGCGGCAACGGAAAGGUACUCGGCCCGUUCGAGGAAGUCGAGUUGGCACGCGGUCUCGAGCGCAUGCUGAAGAGAAACCAAGCACGAAAAGAAAGUCAGGGCGGAUAGCAUCCACGGUAGAAGAGGAUGAAGCAGAAGGCAGCGCGGAGGAAGAGGAAGAAGAAAGCGAGGAGGAGUCGGAGAAGGAAGAAAGCGCAGAAGAAAGUGCGGCAGAGUCACCAACACCUACACCAAGAACACCGGCUAAAGCAGCUCGAGGAAGCCGAUCUCGAAAAAGCCAGGGUGGUACGCGACGGAGCACACGCAAGAAAUAGUGCGCUGUCACGAGAUGAAGCAAUUUCAUUCCUCUCAAUUGUCGUCAUCCUCCAGGAAGCACAGCAAUUCAAGGCCUGCGACUCUGUGGGAGACGAUAAUUACCCGAUGGGCGCCAACUACUCUGCGAGCUCAAAGAGAUAAUGUGUGCCAUCAAAAGAUAGGAGAAUAUGGCAAGGUGCACCAGAGGAAAAUUUCUCUAAACCUAGAAACAGCUGUAUGGGUUUGAAAAAGCGCCCAUCCGCUGCAAGUCAAGUCAAGGGAAGCUGCGCCUGAGCUUGCUCUUCCCUACAUGAGAAGC